AUGGCUCCAAUGGGCAUCCUCACAGCGGUCGUCUCCGCGAUCCGAGUGUGUGGGACCGCAUCGCUACGUGCCUUCAUCGGCAGAGCUCAAGAAGGAGCGGGAAACGCAGAAGCUGAGCUGUGUUCUUCUACAAGCCGGGACGUGUGUGAGCUUUAUAACAAUGGGGGCAUCGCGCGUGUCUUUGGCCGUCCGAAGAUCCUAGAGGUUGUUCAUGAUCCAGAUCAUGAUUUCAAUGACAAAAGCGACGAUACAGCGGGAAUAUACACAUUUCAAGAAUAUGUUCGGGGAAAGGGCAAGUGCACUUGGCAGAAGCAAAAGUCAAAGAGGAAGAAGCAGAAAGACCCGGAGUCAGACUUGAAAGAGGACUCUCCUCACACAGUUUUUUCUCCGAAUCUCUCCCUAAAUAUCGGGAUUAAGAAGCAACCCAAUGCUGUUUUCAAUGCAAUUGCUCUUGGAGGUCUGAUUCUGCAAUCUGCUGUUUUAGUUUUCGCUGGCGUUGUAACAUACUAUCUGAGAUGGGAGAAGAAUGGCAGUCGCCCGGAGUCCUAUGCAUGUCCACUGCUGGUAAUUGGGACUGUCCUGGUCUGCGGCGGAAUGUUUUAUUGCGCUUUUCUUGUGGGCCAGAGCACGGAUGAAGAUGUCUGGCUUCGACAAAAGAACUAUACAGACAACUCAUCUAUGUAUUGGGUACAGCCUGGAAAUCAGAUAGUUGGUGAUCAAACUUUUGACGCCUUCUCGCAUACGGAUUAUGACGAUCGACUGGAAAAGUACACGACUUCAAGGAGGAAAAACGGGCCUAGAGAAUGGAAAUUCGAAGUCUGGACAGCCAUCGGAACCACUAUCUCCGGCUUUGUCCUCCAGUUUACUGGCCUCCGCGGUAUACACUCGGCAGUUGCCGUGGCCCAGCUGGGAAUCGUCCUGGUAAUGAGCACGGCGCGGGCUGCCCUUCGCAUGGAGCGGUUCAAGUCCGACGCAAACUCCUUUGCCAAGUUUCCAGAUGAAAUCCUUGGUCAUGAACUAGACUGGCUCGCCUUGCGUAUUGGUCGGAACAUCAUUGAGAAGGAUUUGAAAGAUGCCAUCAAAAAAGAAAUCGGAAAAGACGAUUCGUCACUUUGGUGGUCGUCUUCCAGUCUGUCCUCCAAAUCAUCUGCCCGAUCACCUCCCAGUCCUCAAUCUCGUUACCUCUGGAGAUUCAAAGGUGCGCCUAAUACGGACAGAAUCAGCCUCAAGGAUCCAACUGCCAACAUGCCCCAUAAUGCUGCCGCUAUAUUAUUAGCGUAUCGGACCCGCCUCGCAUCACUUACAGUUUCAUCCACUGCCCCGGCGAGAAGUUUCAGGAGUGAGAUGGUCGAGGUCCGAACCGAAAGCCAACAACUGGCCGCUUUGAUUGAGGCUACGGUGGACACCAUAUUCUCCAAGGCCGAGAUCAAGAAAGAGUGGAAGGAAGCCAUAUCCAUGUUUUGGGGCAUUGACUGCGCCAUUUCCGAACAUCUCAAGGACACUACGAUAUCUUCGAAGGAUCACAGGCUCUACCUAGAAUUCACUCGUCAAAAGGAUCUGGACACUGGGAAAUACUGGGUACUCAAAAACAGUAUGGAGCUCGAAGGUCUCCUAGGACUGUGGGUGUGGUCACUGAAGUCAGAUCCAGCUAUAGAGGUACAAGAUCCAGACACUGGCCUCACGAACUCCAUAGCUGGCAGAAUUAAGGCACGACGGGUCCUUCCAGCCGAACAAGUGAUAAAAGCAGAUUUGGGGAUAUGGCUCGGUGACGACCUCAAUAGUAUGACGAAAUACACUUUACCCUCCACCUCCGACCUUAGUGACAUGAGUGCCAUAUGGAAAAAAUGGGGGAAGACGGUCGAACAGACGAAAAACCCACUGCCAGUCGAGCACAAUGUAACGCUGGUUCGUUUCUUUGGCCGCAAAGCUGCACAGUCGUCGCAGAGUCAAGUCUCCAAGACAUCCAGCCUUUUCUCCGCUCCGAUCAACGGCUCCCUCGUGUCAGCAUGUGCUCAGGAGAUAUUUUCGUCGUUUCUUGAGAGCAUUCUUGACAUUGUGGAUGACGUUGGACCUGUUGAUCUUCAAGAAACUGAACCUUUUCGACUCCAGAACAGCCUGGUGACUGAGGUUGUUACAUUAUUUGCGCAGAUGCAAUUGGGCACAAGACAGGAAGCUCUUCUUUGUGUCGUGCCGUUGAUGAUAUCUCACCUUAAGACGCCCUCUCCAGCAAGUGUCUUGGCCGCAGCGGGGAAAAGUGCAACCAAGCAACGCCGAAGCAACGAGUGGAAAAAGGCCGAAGAAAUGCUACGAUGGGUGUGGAGAAUCUGCAUUCAAUCUCAAUCCUCCCUUGCAGAUACGCCUGAUGAAGACGGGAACCACCAACGGGCUUCUAAAUAUACUCUUGCCGAGCUAGCGACGAUUGCUCUGGGGGAAUUAUAUCGAUGGGCCCUAGUGGAUAAAAGGACAUUCGGUAUGGAUGGAAUCUCCUGGCUCGAGAAACAGAAGUCUAGCCACUCGGUAUCUAUAUGCGAGGUCAUUGACCGCUAUGUUGCUGUUGCAAAUGGGGUUGAACGAGAUGAAGUUAGCAGAACUGACCUUUUCAGCACAACGGAGAACGGCUGCUUAACUACAACAUUGCUCGCUCUCACUCGUCCGGCAUCCAAUAUGGAGAGCGAACAGAAAGGGAAUGCCCUUUGUUUAGCGGCUAAGCGUGGCUGGGCUGAGGUCGUACGCGCGUUGCUUGAACUCAACACUGAGCCGGACUUUCAAGAUGCAGCAAGCAGAACGCCGUUAUCAUACGCAGCAGCAAAUGGGAACGUCGACAUCGCAAGAGAACUGAUAUACUCGGGGAGCUUCCCAGACUUGGGGUGCCCGCGAAACAGGACACCUUUGUCAUAUGCGUCAGAGGCAGGGGCUUACAGGGUUGUUGAGCUAUUGCUAAGAGAUAUACGUGUCUCUCCGGACCACAAAGACAGCAGCGGAUUGACACCACUGUGUUGGGCGGCGAAAAACGCGCAUGACAUUGUCGUCGAGCAGCUACUCGACACCGGUAAGGUCGACCCGGACGCGAUGAAAAGCGGUAGAGGAACUCCCCUAUGGUGGGCAGCAUUGGAAGGCCAUGAUAGUAUUGUGCAGCGGCUACUCGAUACCGGCAAGGUUGAUCCAGAUGCAAGAAAUGGCAAUGAUCAGAUUGUUAAGACACCACUAAGCAACGCGGCAAGUAAAGGGCAUGGAACCAUCGUCAAGCUGCUACUUGAGACCGGCAAGGUUGACCCAGACUCGAAAGAUAAUGGGGGGCGGACGCCAUUGUAUUGGGCGGCAAUAGAGGGGCAUGAAAAAGUCGUGAAACAGCUACUCGAGACGGGAAAGGUCGACCCAGACGCGAUGGAUAGUGGUGGAUGGACGCCACUGACCAACGCAGCCAUCAAUGGUCAUGAAACCAUCGUCAAGCUGCUACUUCAGACGGAAAAUAUCGACCCAGACACGAUAGAUCAACGUGGACACACGCCACUGAGCUACGCAGCCCGCCAUGGACAUGACCAUAUCGUCAAACUGCUAAUUAAGACCGGUAAGGUCGACCCGAAUGCGAGGGACGAUUGGAACAAGACGCCAUUGCAUUGGGCCGCACGAUUUGGGCGGAGCACCGUCGUCAAACAGCUACUUGAGAACAGCAUGGUCGAUCCGGACGCCAAGGACCUUCAGGGACAGACGCCUUUGUGGUGGGCAAGGGAUUCUGGACAUGAUACUAUCGUCACGCAACUACUUGAGACCGGCAAGGUUGACCCGGAUCCAAAGGCGACUUGCGGAUAUUUCGAGGCCAAUUUGGCAGCAAGAAAGUGGAAGCACCCGAAAAGACCGGGGGAGUACUCGACUUUUCAGGUUCUGAGCGCGGCGAGAUUGAGCGAACCCAGAUAUUUCCCUCGUACGAGUUCUUGA